AUGUCAACUCCAGCACAAAGAAGACUUUUGCGUGACUUGAGGCGUCUUCAAUCGGAUCCACCGCCCGGUAUCUGUGGGUCACCUGUUGAGGAUAAUGUUAUGGUUUGGAAUGCCGUGAUUUUCGGCCCCGAGGAAACGGCGUUCGAGGAUGGAACCUUCAAGUUGAGACUUGACUUUACAGAGGAAUAUCCCAAUCGUCCGCCACGAGUUGUUUUUAUGUCAAAGAUGUUCCACCCCAACAUAUACACGGACGGGAGCAUAUGUUUGGAUAUACUGUCUAGCGCAUGGAGCCCAACUUAUGAUGUCCUUGCGAUCCUGACUUCCAUUCAAUCUUUGUUAGAUGAACCGAAUCCCAAUUCCCCGGCCAACAGUUUGGCUGCCCAACUUUAUGUUGAAAACCGGCGAGAAUAUGAGCGACGGGUCCGCGCCUGCGUAGAGGAAAGUUGGUGUGAAGAAGAUGGUUGA